AGGAGGGGUGUGCAGAGUUUGUGUGUGUAUCUCAUUCUAUCCAUUUUCAGCCGUUUGAUCGUCAUUCUAUCCGGUAAUCCGUUAUUUCUCUCCUCCGGCGUUAAUCUCCUUCUUCGUCGUACACUGUUUUCCUCUUCGCCAAACACCCAAAAGGAUUUUUAUUGUAUCAGUUUCUCACCAUGGUUUCUGAUUUCGCCUCCAAUGUUUCUCUGCCUUGCCCUUCUAAGAAGAAGAGAACAAAUAGAUUAGCGAAAUUGAAGCAGUAUAAGCUCGAUGUUAGGCGUGAACAAUGGCUGUCUCAAGUAAAGAACAAGGACUGCAAAGUGGAUUUGAAUGGGUGUGCUGGGUCUCCUCCAUUUUCCACAAAGAGAGCUGAUGAACAGAACAAAUCAUUGCGCAAUUUGGAAACAAAUUUGAGGGAAGAGGAAAGUGAAGAUGCACUGAGCAUUCAUGAAAGUGAUUUGGAGUCCUUGAUGAACUGCCCCAUUCAAAGCAAUCUGGGAAAAAAUGACACAAAAGAAGCUAUUAGUGCACAUAGCUGCAGUGGCAGUAGCAGUGGUUCUUGUUCUGGAAGUGUCAGUGAGGAAGAGAAGGAUGGGUGCCUAGACAAUUGGGAGGAUGUUGCAGAUGCCUUGAGUGCAGAUGACAGUCAACAUAACUCACCCAUGAAUUCUCCUGCUAAAUCUGAAACAAUGGUUGAAUGUGCUGGUGCUGACCAACAGUUCAAGGACCAAGGAAUAGAUCAGUCAAAUUCAGAGAGUAAGCAAACAGUUUAUGGUUCCCAUACGAAUUGUCGAGCAUGGAGACCUGAUGAUGUUUUGCGUCCUCGAAGUCUGCCAAGCCUUUCUAAACAGCAUGACAUUUCUUUGAAUUCGGAUUGGUAUAGUGGCCAUGGGGCUAUCACCUGGAAACAGAGGAGCACUAUGUAUCACCCUUCUUCAUGCCCUAUCUGCUAUGAGGACUUGGAUGCCACAGAUUCUAGUUUUCUCCCUUGUUUAUGCGGAUUUCUGCUUUGCCUCUUCUGUCACAAAAGGAUUCUUGAAGUGGAUGGGCGGUGUCCUGGAUGUAGGAAACAUUAUGAUAGCAUUAAUAGAAAUAUAUGUUUCAAUAGAUGAGCUGUGCUUUUCGACUAGCUUGUUCUUGUAGAAUGAGUCCUAGAGCGUAGGAGGGAAGAUUUCUUUGUUUUUCCUCCUAAUAAAAUGCAUGUCUUAUAUCUCUCCGUAUAUUAAUAAUGUCUAGAAACUGUUUGCUGAAGUGACCUAAUGCUGAAUUAAGCCAAGGGUUAGUUUCAUUUAUUUGCAUAAUGGUUUACACGCUUUACUCUAAGAAAUAGAUGUCAAUAUCUGAAUCCAAGUACUGUGGUUGGCGAUUUUAAUUUAGUGGUAACUUUUGCUUUCACUGCUUGCCAUUGCUCUCUUUCUGGUCCAAACUAUAUGUGUUGUUUUUCUUUUGCAUGUUCUUAUUGAAUCUUUUUAAAGCAUUUCAUAUGAAUAUCGGAUUCUUGGCAGGAAAGUCAUAGUGUAAUGUCAAAAAGGACUUUGGCGAUUUAUCCACUUAUUCUUUGUUGCUUGGUUUUCAACCUGCUUCUCUCUUUCUUAUAAAGUAUGCUUUUGGUGUUUUUUCCUCUCCUUUUUGAGUUAUCAUGCACAGUUAUAUACUGUUUCCUAGAUUCUUUUUGCGUGAAAUGGAGUAACCACAUGCAUCUUCCAUAGUGCUACUUAGUUAAUUUGUAUCAUGCAGCCUAGCCUUCACAAUUUUGGCAUUUGUUUUGCAUAUACACAUGCAUUUUGUAGAUAUGGUUUUGAGAACUUUGCAGGUUAAGACAUCAGAUUAGCAGACUGAACCGUGCUUGCAGUUGCACCUUUUAAAUGGCUUGGUGACCAAUGAUGAAAGGUAACAUCUCUCACCAUUUCAAGUUUUCUCCCUUCCAUUUGAAGUUUCUUUCUUUUCUGUAGCCAGAAAAUUGUGGUGAGGCUGGAAAACGGAGCCAGGGAAGAGAAACUACCUGUCUUUGGCCUUUGAUUUCUAAUCUCUUGCUAUCAGGUUGCUUUCUGCAAAUUCUAUUCAUGAAACCAGUUUCUCCUUUUACUCACUGUUGAGAGGAUUCUUAGAUAUUUCAUCACAUUGCUCUUUUUACCUUUCUCCUCCUCCUUUGUUACCUGCAUUGACUACUUACAAUGAAAUUGAUACAAGCUAAGGUUGAAUCUUGAAUAAUUGAUUAUGAGGUCUGGCUUGUCUUUACUUCCUUUUUUUUUUUUUUCUGAAAGAAGAGAGGUACAAAUAAAGGCCUAGUAGUUCUUAAGACAUGCAACCACAAUAACCUCAUAAGUGGGUUUAGUAUUAGGCUAGACACACCAGCUGAAAGCCUCAAAUCCAAACUGUUCUGUUGAUUAUCACAUUGGGUGACACGCUGGAUCGUUUAAACUUCUAAAAGCUAGGUUAGUAUUAUUGUGCUAACAUCAAUGCUAAACAAAGCCCAAAUAACACCGAUGAGUCAAGUCUUUAGGUGAUAACGUUCAUAAAGAUAGCCAUCUCCUUUCUUUUACUUGUUGAAAUCCAGCUUUAGGGUGUGUAAACUCAAAUCUUAAGUCUAUUAAAGUCUUUCCUGCAAAAAUUCCUUUUUCGGCUUGUAUUACUUGGAAGGCAUAUAUUCAUUAGUAGUUGCACAAAUGGAGCCAAUGCAUUAAUUUUUUUGUAAGAAACCUUGAUUAAACAAGAGAGCAUUGCAGCAGACAUAAUAACAAUACAGUCCGGCUGUAACAGAGAGUGCAUGACAGCAAUCAUAGAUCACUAAAGACAACCGACGGCACGAAAGCCAGUUGAAAACAAAGUCAAGACAGCUGACAAGAAAGCCAAUUGAGACCAAAGAUCAAACAUCCAAACCCCAGAACAAAAGUGUGAUGACCCAAGGAUCACGGUCAACACCUUCACCAAUGACAGCAAGGAGUAGGAAACAAACCCAAUAUGAUACAACUGUGUUUUGUGGCAAAAAUACGGGGGAACAACAACAAUAAAUGCAUGAAAUUUGAACUGGUCUUCUCUUUGUACUCUUCUUCUUGUCUGCUUUGCUUUCUCAGACUUCCAGCCUAGAUUAUGCUAUUCAGAUUUCGAAGUCAAGUACAGGUAUAAUUUUUUCUUUUCAUUUUUUAUUAUUCAAAGCAUCAGAUUUGAUAUUCAUGUGCGUGUUUUGGACCCAUAAGCCAAAAUUUUCUUCUCCAUUGUUUUACUUUUUCCAAAGCCGGUCCUGUAAAACUAAGAUCUUUGGCUUGUUGCAAUGCAGCUUAUGUUACUCUGAUCAAUACAAUGUAUGUUCAAAAUGGGUAUACCAUUUUUUUUUUAAUAUUUACAGUAUCAUUACCGAUUA